AUGCAGACACUGAAGAAAAGAAGACCGGCUCAGACGUUAUGGCAAAGAGAUAAGAGCACAAUGUGCUUGUGGAAAAUAAACCCCCUUCUUCUUAAAGAGAAAGCAAACACUCAGCCCUUUGAUAUUCCAACCGUUGGAUGUCAUAACCGUCAGUUAAGGGACAGUCAAGAUGAGGGGCCUAAAGAUAGAGAUAGUGAUGGGACCACUGAGACAGAACGAAGCAAGCUUGUGUUUUUCAAUAGGAGGAGUGAGUUUGAGCUUGAGGAUUUGCUUCGAGCAUCGGCAGAGAUGCUUGGGAAAGGUAACUUGGGUACGGUUUACAAAGCAGUGAUUGAUGAUGGAUGCACCGUGGCUGUGAAGAUACUCAAAGACGCAAACCCAUGCGAGAGGAACGAGUUUGAACAGUAUAUGGAUGUUGUAGGGAACCUAAAGCACCCAAACAUUGUUAGACUCAGAGCUCAUUAUUAUGCUAAGGAAGAAAAGCUUCUUGUCUAUGAUUAUCUCCCCAACGUCUGUCUAUGUUAA